UUCUUUUUGGCACUCUUGACCCUCCGUAGUGUUUACACCCGGUGCACCCAACAUGGCGCCGGGCGGUUAGCCGGUUAGCCGCAGUUUUAACAUUAAAGUCGUUUUAAGUGAAAAUUGGAGGAAAUAACUGACAAAAUUAUGACGUGUCGUGAGUUAUAAGAUGUCAGACUGUUUUUUAAAGUCUGUAAACUUUCGGUAUUUUCGUUAGAAUGACGAGUUUCUUCACCGAACCGUCACAGCGUCGCUCUGCUAGUUAGCAGCUAGUUAGCUCUGUCCGGGCUCAGCUCGCUCUCUCUGCCCGGCUGACGGUCACUCUGUCCGGGCUCAGCUCGCUCUCUCUGCCCGGCUGACGGUCACUUUGUCCGGGCUCAGCUCGCUCUCUCUGCCCGGCUGACAGUCACUCUGUCCGGGCUCAGCUCGCUCUCUCUGCCCGGCUGCCGGUCACUUUGUCCGGGCUCAGCUCGCUCUCUCUGCCCGGCUGACGGUCACUCUGUCCGGGCUCAGCUCGCUCUCUCUCUGCGGCAACAUGACGGAGGUGGAGGAGCUGCGGCCGGUCCCCCGGGAGCGAGCCAUCCUGGAGAGCUUCUUCACUCAGCUCGGCAUGUUCUCCUUCGACCGGGCCAAGGACUACGUGGAGAAGGAGAAGGACAACAGCAAGAGCGCCGGGGCCGCCGGGGCCAUCUGGGCCGCGCUGCUGGCCGCGCUGGCUCACCUGGCCGCGGCGGAGAAGGCGUACCACCACCUGACAUUCCUGGGGCAGAAAAUGGGCGGUCAGUCCUUCUUCAGCCGCAAAGACUCCAUCCGAACCAUCUACACCUCCCUGUACAACGAGCUGAGGAAGGUGGUGACCACGGGGCGCCACGGCCAGCCGGGCUCGGCGUCCUACCUGGAGGACCUGCUGUCGCACCUGUCGGAGCAGCUGUGCCACUUCACCCAGGCGCGCAUGGAGAUGGCCGACCUGUACGAGAAGAUGCACUCGCUGGGGAGCCAGAAGAGCAUCAACUCGGAGGAGCUGGUCACCACGCUGGAGGCCGUCCUGCACAAAUACAGCACCAAGUUCCACCACCCCAUCCUGGGCCGGGUGGAGGAGGGCUUCCAGACGGAGGUAGACGUGGUGACCCAGUUACUGCGCUGCCAGGCUCAGGUGUCGGAGUGGAGUUUCCUGCCGGCUCUGCUCAGCCUCCACGGCGCCAACUCCAAGCUCACCGCCUGGGGUCAGCUGUUCCAGCGGCAGAAAGAGACGCGCAAGCAUCUGUUCGGAGGUCAGUCCCAGAAGGCCGUGCAGCCUCCGCACCUGUACGUGUGGCUGCAGCGCUUCCAGGCAGCGCUCCUCGCCAAGUUCAGCUUCUACUUCCACGAAGCCCUGAGCCGGCAGACGGCGCCGGCCGACAUGAGAGCUCUGACCGCCCGCACGGCGUCCGACUACCACGGCAAGAUCAGCUCGUUCAUCCGCAAACACGACGCCAGCAACGUGUCGCUGGUGUUCGACAACCGCGGCUCGGAGAGCUUCCAAGGUCACGGCUACCACCACCCGCACUCCUACCGAGAGGCGCCGAAGGGCGUGGAGCAAUUCCCCGCCGUGGUGUCGCUGCCGUCGGGAGAGCGGCCGCUCACGCACUGGCCGAACGUUAUCAUGAUGAUGGGCGACCGCGCCGCCGAGCUCAACACUCUGGACAAGGUGGUGCACUUCUACGACGACAAAGUCCAGAGCACGUACUACCUGACGCGACCCGAGCCGCACUUCACGCUGGUGGUGAUCUUCGACGGCAGGAAGUCCGAGAAGGAUCUGCACAUCGCCGCCUUCCUGCAGGAGAUCUCCGGCUCGCUGAGAAACUCCAAACCGUUCAGCACGCUGAAGCCCGGAUCGAAGGGCUGAGAACACGCAACACGCAAUCUUCUCUCGGGAACUGUUUGUGCGGUCCAACCAAAAAAAAAAAAGAAGAAAAAGUUCCAGACCAAAGAGACGCAGCGUUUCAACCACUGUGAAUUCAUCUGACGUCAGCUGAGCCUUCUGUUUAUUUCACAUCGAUGAUUUUAAUUCAGUUAUUGUUUUAACGUGUUUAUUUUUAUUAGCUCAUAUUUACUGUGACGAUGCAAUUUGAAUAAAGCUUUGAGACGACGAAA